UUUUUUGUUGGCAUGUCAAUUUCAACCAGAUUAAAUUUUAGUGCUUAAUUGAUUGAGGGCUAUUGUUGUUGUUCUUGAGAGUGCUAAAUUAAUAACAAUGUAAAUAGGAAUUCACAAACUGUUCAUUACCUAUUUUCAAUUGAUUCUGCCUUGGUUUAUUGAUAAUGGGUCCGGAUUACUCGCUUUCAAUUGUUUCUGUUCUGGUUAAUUGGUAAUGGAGGAUUACUUGCUUUCAAUUGUUUCUGUUUUGGUUAAUUGGUAAUGGAGAAUUACUAGCUAUCAGUUGUUUCUUGCUUGGAAAAUUGAUAAUGGAGGAUGAUUGUAGCUUCAAUUAUACAAGAAGGGUAAAAACUUAAUGGUCUAUUUUUGGUGUAUAUGUAUCAUGGGUAACUAUAUAUUUAUGGAGGGUUGUGAACUUGUGAUUAUUCUCAACUCUACAAUGUAGAGUUACAAUCCCCCUCUAAAGGAUUCAAUGUCGAAAAGGCGAAAAUAGAGUUAGUAUUAAGCUUUGGUUUUCUUUAGUUAGAUUAUUUAUUUGAUUGUGAGUUGAGAGGUGGAAGUUUGUUACUCUCACAUUGGAUAUUUGUGUUCCUAAAUGUCAUUUUGUAUAAUUACAACCAAGAUUGAACAACUAAUUGUCAAAUAAGAUAAAGUGUAAAUUAAAUUGGAGAAGAGAGAGUUACAUGGUAGCAUUUGCCUAAUGACUCCACCUUUUUGGCCUCCUUAUACACAAACCUUUCAAUUUCUUGAUUUCCAUUUGAAGUUACUUUUAGGAUUUUCGAUGAGUUAUGAACCUUAGCAGGGAGUAUAUUGCCAGGUUGCUAGCUUUGUAUCAACUAUUAAAAUUAAAGAAAAUUAAUUAAACAAGAGAAUUGAACUACUAAUAUGUAUAUAUAUAAACAAUCAUAUUCGUCUAUGAAUGCUCUAAUGCAUCCAUUUUUUGGUACAAUAAUUAAAAAGCUGCAAACUAAAAUUGAAACGUACAUCACUUGAAGAGGCUGUUGCUGCUAUAGCCUUUAGCACUGUAAAGAUUUGUGCAAUCUUAAUCGAGUAGGUGAAUGGUGGAGAUGAUUUUGGGGCUGGUUGAUCAUAUGGCUGACCAUGACAUGAAUCCAUGAAUAGCUAUUUUUAGUUCCUUUCUUAGAUUGACAUUGAGUAGUCUAGUGAUUUUAAGAAAUUUAUGGAAGUGAAGGGGUUGAUAUAGGCACGGGGUUUAGACUAGUGUUGGGUUUGGAAGACUAGAAGGGUUUAUAUCUACGCAUAAAUGAUUGGUGUUAUGGUAUGGGGUUCAAUGGAGGUGUAAAAAUAGCUAGGGAAUGGAUGUGGUUGGUGUAGGAAUGGGUGCUGGAGGUGUAUUUGGAACGGGGGUUGGUGGUGGUGAAACAGUUGGUACUGGUGUUGGUGGCGGUGAUAAAGAUGGUGCAAUUGGUGCCGCUGGUGGUGAUAAAACUGGAUCCACUGGUGGUGGUGAGGCUAAAGGAGGUAUUGGUGUAGGUGGUGGUGAAGAAAUUGGUACUAUUGGUGCUGGUGGUGGUGACAAAGAUGGUGUGAUUGGUGUUGGCGGUGGUGAUGAUAUUGGUACUGUUGGUGCUGGUGGUGGUGACAAAGAUGGUGUGAUUGGUGUUGGCGGUGGUGAUGAUAUUGGUACUGUUGGUGCCGGCGGUGGUGAUGAUAUUGGUACUGUUGGUGCCGGCGGUGGUGAUGAUAUCGGUACUGUUGGUGCCGGCGGUGGUGAUGAAAUCGGUACCGUCGGUGCCGGUGGUGGUGAUGAAAUUGGUACCGUUGGUGCCGGCGGUGGUGAUGAAAUUGGUACCGUUGGUGCCGGCGGAGGUGAUGCAAUAGGUACCGUUGGUGCCGGCGGAGGUGAUGCAAUAGGUACCGUUGGUGCCGGUGGAGGUGAAGCAAAAGGUACUGUUGGUGCUGGUGGAGGUGAAGCAAAAGGUAUUGGUGCUGGUGGAGGUGAAGCAAAAGGUAUUGGUGAUGGUGGAGGUGAAGCAAAUGGUAUCGUUGGUGUUGGUGGAGGUGAAGCAAAUGGUAUUGUUGGUGUCGGUGGUGGAGGGGAUGCCAAUGGUAGUAUUGGUGUAGGUGGUGGAGAAAAAGGGAUUGGUGUUGGUGGUGGUGAUGAAAUUGGUAGUACCGGUGCAGGUGGAGGUGAUAGAAGGAUUGGUGCUACCGGUGGUGAUGCAAGUGGUGGUGGAAUGAUUGUUGGCGGUGGUGAUGCAAGUGGAGGUGGAAUGAUUGUUGGUGGAGGUGAUGCAAGUGGCGGUGAAAUGAUUAUUGGCUGGGGUGGUGGUGAUGCAAAUUGAGGUGGAAAUAUAAGUGCCGGUGGUGGAGUUAAUGUUGAGAUAUCAGGUGGUGUUGGCGAAGAUGGUGUUAAUGGCAGUGGCGGGGAGAGAACAAGUGGUAGUGGUGGUGACAAUAAUGAAGGUGGUGAUGGUUGUGUAGG